AUGGAUACAGGCAGUACAGCAUCUUCAUUUAUCACCCAAGGAUGGAACAGAGCCUCGAAUCAAUUCUAUGCUAGUCAAGAUGUCUCAUUUGUCAAUGAUCCUAUUAAUAAUAACAGUACUCAAGUGAUGCGUGUGGUUUAUGGUAUGGGGUCCUAUGCACCAUCAGGUACUAGAAGUAAUCAAGGUAGUCAGGGCGGUACAGAAUUCUUCUCAGCACCUUUUGGUAACAAAUCUUAUGACAGUGUCUUGGUUCGAUAUGAUUUGGCCUUUGAUAAUUCUUUCCAGUGGGUUCAAGGUGGCAAGUUACCUGGUGUUUUCGGCGGUGUCCCCGGUUCUGGUUGUAGUGGUGGUAAUGCUGCUGAUGGUUCUAACUGUUUUUCAGUCAGAUUGAUGUGGCGGCAAAACGGUGCUGGUGAAGCUUAUGCCUAUAUACCCAAUACUGGUGAUGUAUGUAAACAAACAGGAGUGAUGUGCAAUGAUCAAUAUGGUACAUCCUUUUCUAGAGGGGUAAUCCAAUUUACUCAAAAUAAAUGGACAACCAUGGAAAUCUAUGUCAAGAUCAAUAAUGCUUCAAGUUCGAAUGGUAUCCUGACGGUCUGGCAAGAUGGUAAUAUUGUAGUGAAUCAACAACAACUUCAAUAUCGUACUUCCAAUGCAAUAGCCGUAUCAUCACUCUUCUUCAGUACAUUCUUUGGUGGUGGCGAUCCUUCUUAUGCAUCCCCUGUUGAUACCUAUACCUACUUUAAGAAUAUUCAAUUUAGUGUUGGUAAUCAAGUCGAACUGAGCAACAGUGGUGCUGAGCUCUCUUUCAAGUCUCCUAUCUCUUGGAUCUUUGUUGUAGCUUUAGUUACUCUUUCUAUCCUUAUCUAG